CACGAUUGGCGGCUGAGCUCAAGGCGCAGCAUCCAUUGGGAUGGAAAUUUUCUUAACUGAAACUCGGACACCUCCGACAGAAAGAUCAGUUCAGACAAGACACCUUCAACAAUGGAGACGCUCUGGCCACAACCCGCGGCGCGACGAACAGUUCAACCCCAACGAGUGGCAAUCCCUCCGUCAACCCACACUCGGCAACUGCCAGCUCAUGGGGGAGGCCCAGCUCAUGGGGGAGGCCUUCCCUCCUCCCUCCCAGGGGCGCCUCGGUCUCGAAACCGGAGACGAAGGUGGCUCCUUUCGCUCUGCUUCGGAGACUACGAGCGGGCCAGCGCUGUCUACGCCAGCCUUGCCGUCGUUACCGCCCUUAUUUUCUUCCUCUUCGAAUGGUUCAAGCCCCCUUAUCAAGAUCCAUAUUUGAAAGCUCUUUACGCCGAGGAGCGCUACCAAAGCGAUAUCAAAGCCAAAGAGUUUUGCCUCGAGCUGAAGUCAAAACUGUCCUGGUCGCAGCUUGGCUGUGAGGAAAUCCUCCAAGCACCUUUCCCCACUCGACCAGGAGCCGCCGACAGCACUGGCCAAGUCAUCCAACCUCAGACAACCCUUUCGCUAAUCCUGACGUCCAUUCAUUAUGCCCUCUGGAAUGAGACGGCUGCUAUGCUCUCUGCCAUACUUCUUACUUUGCUCUUCGUUUUCAUGUCGGCGGACAAGCCCUCAACGCCAACUUCUGACCGAGGACCGCCAACUUCUGACCGAGGACCGCCAACUUUUAACCGAGGGCCGCCAACUUUUGACCGAGGACCGCCCAUGGGAUCCGAAGUCUCAGAAUCUGAAAGUCACAAGGACAAAUUUUCCGCGUCGAACAAUGGUCCAGAUGUUACCGAGGCCAAUUUUGAGGAGGUUGCAUCUUCAGAAAGCUCCUCGGGAGGUCCAGUCACCCUGGGUAACGCCACACCAACAAACACUCUGGAUGGAGCGCCAAGAGUCAGCUCGCAGGAAAUCACUACCGGGACCACGACCUCAAUAAUACAGGAAUCAGAUCACGGUCUUGGAUCUGCCACAAGUAAACUUUCGGAGCUAACGAAAUCUCGCCCGCUAGGAGGUCAACCUGCCAAUAUUCCAGAGACAACCACCUUGUUCAAGAAUGACCCCGAAGAUCGACCAUCUAGGACAAUCAAAACAUCGAAAGGUAGUAGAGUCGUCUCAGCCCCGGCACCGCAAGCCGAAGCCCGAAGCGACAAUGCAGUGCAUCCUUCGACCAAAGACAAAGUUGUUUCCCAGCUGCGCAAUCGAUACAAUGAUCACACCUCUCCUGAGCCAGCGCCAUCCCUACCAUUAGCAUCCCAUUUUCGGCAUUUCCAACACACCACAGACCAACACAGCGACCAGAAAACAGCAUCACCCACAGCCACUACAAAGCAACCGGCGACAUCGACCACUGUCUGGGGGCCGGAGCCUUUGACGACGCCGAAUCCUGCGACGACGUCUUGGUGGGACCUUGCCUCUACUUCCUCGCGUACUUCUAGAACGACAGCAACUACUACAAGAGCGGAUGCGCCCACGCCAUCCACGACAGCCAGGAUUGGUAGAGUAUGGGCCUGUUGCUCUUGCCUAUAUGGGCCGCUCCAGGUUAGGCACGAUUUAGUAUGCAACUUAUGCAUGCACGAGCGUUGCGAAGGUUGCUUGGAGCAGUAGGAUUUUAAUGAAGGGUAUUUUUACGUUUUUAUUUUCUUAUUUUUUUUCUUGUUUUUUCUUAUUUUUUUUAUAAAAAAAUAAGAAAAAAAAACACUAUUUGUGGCUUUAACUAGACGGUAUUCUCUCGAGAUUGAUAGGGUUCCGAGCUGAAUUUUCGUCUCGAGGUUGUGCCAGAAGACGAAUUCGGCCUCGGUUUCAGCCGUCUUACGCCUCAUUUCCGCCAGCCUGACCUCGCUAGCCGAGUUUGGAAUGC